UUUGAUCCCUCCUCCCACCCCCACAUGGCACCGCGUCUCACCCCGCCACCACUCCCCCAUCUCCCCGUCCUCCUCCCGUCUCGCCGCCGCCUCCUGCUCCUCCUCUUCCGCCGCCGCCGCCGUCGAUAGCCGCCGCUGCCUGUCCUAGCUCGCCGUCGCCGUCCGAUCACACUAGCACCAUCAGCAGCAAGGUCCCUCCUUCCCACCCAUCCCAUGGACCUCGACCCCUCCCCGGCCUCCGCCCACGGGGACGGCGGCGGCUGCGCCGACGCCUGGCCCUUCGACUCGCUCACCACGUCCAUGCUCUUCUCCUCCGUCUCCGCCUCCCCGCAGCUCCAGCCGCUGCCGGCCAACUCCUCCUGGCUUACCCCGCCCUCGCCGCUCUGGCUCUUCGAGGACCGCCACAUGCUCCCGCUCGACGCCCCCGACGCCGCGCCCGAGGCAGCCGUCGCAGCCGCCGUCGUCGAGGAGGUCCAGCGGGCACGCUCCGGGAAUUCUGACACUUCAAGCAAGAGAGUUGAACAAAUCAAUCACAAAUGGCAGUUUCAUCUAUCUCUGGACGAAGAUGGCACAGAUAACUCUAGCUUGUUCAAGGAGAAGCUUACACAAGCUCUUCGGUACUUCAAGGAGUCCACAGAUCAACAUCUGUUGGUCCAAGUCUGGGCACCAGUAAAGAAUGGAGACCGCUAUGUGCUUACUACUUCAGGACAACCUUUUGUGCUUGACCACCAGAGCAUUGGCCUACUUCAGUACAGAGCUGUAUCCAUGAUGUACAUGUUUUCAGUUGAUGGGGAAAAUGUUGGAGAGCUGGGCCUACCUGGGCGUGUCUACAAGCAAAAGGUGCCCGAGUGGACACCAAAUGUGCAGUACUAUAGCAGUGGUGAGUACCAACGACUUAACCAUGCGAUCAGUUACAAUGUCCAUGGUACAGUUGCCCUGCCUGUUUUUGAUCCUGCCGCUCAGUCGUGUAUUGCUGUUGUCGAACUUAUAAUGACAUCAAAGAAGAUAAACUAUGCCUGUGAGGUCGAUAAAGUCUGCAAAGCACUUGAGGCCGUAAAUCUUAAAAGCACUGAAAUAUUGGACCAUCCAAAUGUCCAGAUAUGUAAUGAAGGCCGUCAAGCUGCUCUGGUCGAAAUACUGGAGAUCUUGACUGUAGUCUGUGAAGAGCACAAGCUUCCUUUGGCACAGACCUGGGUUCCUUGCAAGUAUAGAAGUGUAUUGGCACAUGGUGGUGGUUUAAAGAAGAGUUGCUUAAGUUUCGAUGGAAGUUGCAUGGGGGAAGUCUGCAUGUCAACUAGUGAUGUGGCGUUUCAUGUGAUUGAUGCUCAUAUGUGGGGAUUUAGAGAUGCAUGUGUGGAGCAUCACCUACAGAGGGGACAAGGAGUUUCAGGAAAGGCAUUUAUCUCACACAAACCUUGCUUUUCAAAAGAUAUCCAGAAGUUCUGUAAGUUGACAUAUCCACUUGUACACUAUGCUCGCAUGUUUGGGUUGGCUGGCUGCUUUGCAAUAUGCUUGCAAAGUUCUUAUACCGGGAAUGACGACUACGUAUUAGAGUUUUUCUUGCCGCCCGAUUGUAUUGACGAAGAUGACCAAAAUGCCUUACUGGAGUCUAUAUUAACUCUGAUGAAGCGGUGUCUUCGUAGCCUAAAGGUAGUUGGUGACAGAUAUUCGAGUGGGGCUUCUCUUCAACUUAGUAAUGUGCUAAAACUUGAGAAUGAAGAAUUCAAAACAGAUGCACAGUUUGAUAACUCUGAUGGUUCCCUUCAUGAAUCACCUGGUGGUGAUAGACAUGGAGGAGCGCACAAGUUUGAUAACGGGAACAAGAAAGUUUUGGAUUUGACAGAGGGACAAUUGUUGACUGAUGACUACUCUCAAGACAAUGGUACUUCUGCUGGCAGGCCAAAUGGUAGCGGUGCUUCUGAUUCUUCAUUGCUUCACAAAACCAACAAACCCCCUGAAAGGAGACGUGGGAAAGCUGAAAAGACUAUCAGUUUAGAGGUUCUUCAGCAAUAUUUUUCUGGGAGCUUGAAAAACGCAGCUAAAAGCCUUGGUGUUUGUCCUACAACCAUGAAGCGCAUCUGCCGGCAGCAUGGAAUUUCUCGUUGGCCAUCUCGAAAAAUUAAUAAGGUCAACCGGUCUCUCUCAAAAUUAAAGCAGGUAAUUGAGUCUGUUCAAGGCUCCGAUGCGGCAUUUAAUCUCACGUCUAUCACAGGUCCUCUUCCUAUACCUGUUGGCCCUUCAUCAGAGUCUCUCAAUGUAGAGAGAUUAACUCAAAGUAAAGUGGCAGAACUUUCGAAUCUUGCUGUUGAUGGUGACAGAGAUUCUUUGCAAAAAUCACUUGAAAAUGAUGACCAUUUUGGUAUAGUCAUGGCCCACCAAGGAUUUAUAGACAAUAACAAUGACUCUCAGCUUGAAGCUGACAAAGCUUCUCACUCGAGAAGUUCAUCUGGAGAAGGCAGCAUAAAUUCACGUACUUCAGAAGGCUCAUGCCAGGGAAGUCCAGCAAACCAAACAUUUGUUUGUAAGCCAAUUGCUUCAACAUUUGCAGAACCCCAACUUAAUCAAGAGUUCAACAAAGAGCCUUUUCAAGAACCACAACUACCACUUUCCAGGAUGCUGAUUGAAGAUUCUGGUAGCUCCAAAGAUUUGAAGAAUCUUUUCACUUCAACAUCGGACCAACCAUUUUUGGCCCCUCCCAACAACUUGGUGUCAGUGAAGCAUUCAGGGACUGUAACAAUAAAGGCUAGUUUUAAGGAAGAUAUUGUAAGGUUCCGUUUCCCAUGCUCAGGUGGUGUUAUUGUAUUGAAAGAGGAGGUAGCGAAAAGGCUAAGGAUGGAUGUUGGUACGUUCGAUAUCAAGUAUCUCGAUGAUGACCAUGAGUGGGUAAAGUUGGCGUGCAACGCAGACUUGGAAGAAUGCAUGGAGAUCUCGCGGCUUUCUGGUAGCCAUGUCAUCAGGCUACUGGUUAGCGAUAUUGCAGCACACUUUGGCAGUUCUUGUGGAAGCUCUGGUUGAUAUGCGUGUCAGCCUUUUGCUCUGAUCAAUGGGUACUCGAAAGUGGUUGUACCAUGAGUUCAGUUCCACUUGUAGUUUUGUUGCUAGUUAGCACUAGCUGCUUCAUUGUAUUUUAUAAAUGUAUCAUUGUAUUUGCCCCCCAAAAAAAUACAUGUAAUUGUGCAGAAUGCACUUGUAGUCAACUUUGUAUAUAUAUUAUGUGCUGGAAAUUCUGUUUCAAGUUAUAAACUGGAUUUGUUGUUGUUGUCUAGAAUUUGCACAGACAGUAUUGGGUUAGGAUGAUUAUAUUGUUUGGAAAUGUAGCAGAUUUUCGUAGGUCAUAAGUCCAUGCUGUAAACACAUUUGUUGAUUCUAUUUAUAUCUUUGUGAUCCAUGAA